GUUCUCGUCUGAAAACGCUAAAAAUUUAAUUCCUCAUAUGAUUAGAGGAAUUUCAACAUCAAAAUCCCAUCAAGUUGAUACAAUUAAUCUACGAUACGGCAAUUCUCAACAACGUAUAAAGGAAAGGAUAUCAGCAAUUGAUAAAGAAAGACCGUUUAGCAAUUUCUUAACGGAUAGAUUUGAUCGACAACAUACAUAUCUUCGAAUAUCGAUAACAGAACGAUGUAAUUUGAGGUGUACUUAUUGUAUGCCAGCUGAAGGUGUCGAAUUAACUCCCUUUCAUAACCUAUUGUCAACCGAAGAAAUCAUACGAAUUUCGCAAUUAUUCGUUUCUCAAGGUGUCAAUAAGAUUAGAUUAACAGGAGGUGAACCAACGGUUAGAAAGGAUAUUGUUGAAUUAAUUGGCGAAUUGGGAAAAUUGAAACCGCUGGGUUUACAAACUAUUGCUAUGACUUCAAAUGGUAUUGCAUUGAAAAGAAAGUUACCAAAAUUGGUUGAAAAUGGACUAAAUUUGUUAAAUAUCAGCAUGGAUACUUUGGAUCCAUUUAAAUUCGAGCUAAUCUCAAGACGCAAAGGUCUUGAGCGAGUGUUGGAAACAAUUGAUCAGGGUAUUGCGCUGGGACUUCGUCCUAUGAAAAUCAAUUGUGUAGUAAUACGUGGUGUCAAUGACCAAGAAGUGUUGGACUUUGUCGAAAUGACACGUAAUAAACCGAUUGAAAUGAGAUUCAUUGAAUAUAUGCCCUUUGAUGGAAACAAAUGGAACAAGAAAAAACUUAUUCCAUAUAGAGAACUGUUAGAUAAUAUUAAAACAAGGUAUCCUGACGUUCGAAAGUUAUCAGACGAUUCUCAUGAUACUUCAAAGGCAUAUAACAUACCAGGAUUUGUCGGACGAUUUGGAUUCAUAACUUCAAUGACCGAUCAUUUUUGUGGAACAUGUAACAGACUUAGAAUCACCGCCGAUGGCAAUUUAAAAGUUUGUUUAUUCGGAAACGCCGAAGUCAGUUUACGUAAUCUAUUACGUGAAAAUGUUCCUGAUCAACAACUGCUAGAGAUUAUAGGAGCAGCUGUCAAAAAUAAAAGAAAGCAACAUGCAGAUUAUAUUACCUCCUCUUUACAUAAUAAGAUCGUAUCCGAGACUGCAUCAUCUUUUAUUCAUUCUAAAUCAUACUUUUCACGUUUAUCCCACAACUUUCUAUCUUUAUCUUCUUUCAAUUAUCAAAAUACAUUAUUUUCUUAUAUCCAUUCCUUUCAUUCAUCAUAUUCUACAAAAUCUAAUUCGGCAAAUUCAAACCCAUUUUCUUCCAAUAAUUACAAGCCCAAUUCAAAUUCACAAUCUGAUUCGCCUUCGCUCACUCAUAUUGAUCCUGAUAGUGGGCGUGCUUCAAUGGUUAACGUUUCCACAAAAUCUUCAACUUAUCGAACAGCAACAGCAUUUGGAAAAGUUCAUAUUGGACGUCAAGCAUUUGAACUUGUACGUACUAAUACAAUGAAAAAAGGGGAUGUCUUAACUACAGCACAAAUUGCUGGUAUAAUGGCUGCAAAACAUACAGGAAACCUUAUACCGUUAUGUCAUCCACUUUUAUUAUCACACAUUAGAGUAGAUUUAAAAUUGGACGAAAAGGAUAAUUAUGCUGUAAAAAUUCUUUCAAAAGUUGAAUGUGAAGGAAAGACUGGUGUUGAAAUGGAAGCUCUUACUGCUGUUAGUGUAGCUGCUCUAACAGUUUUUGACAUGUGUAAGGCUGUGGGAAAGGACAUGAUCAUUUGUGAUUUGAAGGUUGUGGAGAAAACUGGUGGAAAAAGUGGAACUUGGAGAUUUCCAACAAAAGAAACAAAUGAAUAA